UGACGUCACACAGGAGGAAGAACAAAACAAGAUGGCGUCUGGCGGAGAAUACGUUGUUUUGGUUAUUAUGGUUUCUUGGUCUUAAUUACAACGUACAUGUGCACAUGUGUGUCGUUUAACAGAGUAAACGUCGUUAUUAAUUGUUUGUAUGCGGAUACAUUAGUCUGUGUGCACUUUGACGUGCUAGCCUAUCCUGCAGGUUAGCUUGGCUUGUUAGCUGCUAACAAAGAGAGGCGGAAGUGAUCGACACAUCAAAGCAGAGAUCCAAUACGUCUGUGAAGAACAUCUUCACCCUGAGCACAGAAGUGGAUCUUCAGGAUGCGGACGGAGGAACCACAGCCCUCCCACAUUAAGAACGAAGAGGAAUACCCACUGAUCCCCCAUUUUAAAGAGGAAGAGGAGGACCCUCUGACACCCAGAUUUAAAGAGGAAGCGUUGGAUCCACUGAGCCCUCAGAUUAAGGAGGAAGAGGUGGAUCCAAUGACACCUGACAUCAAGGAUGAAGAGGAGGACCCACUGACCCCUCACAUUAAAGAGGAAGAGAAGGAACACAGCAUCAGUCAGCAGGGAGAGCAUCUUGAACGACUGGAGGAGGUUGUUGUCACCAAGAUGCCAGUGACUGGUGUCCCUAUGAAGAGUGAAGAUGAUGAGGUCAAAGGUGAAAGUGAGGAGAAGAGAGAGUCGGAACCUCCAAGCAGCAGCUCAACACAACACAUGACAACAGAAGCUGAUGGAGACCACUGUGGAGGAUCACAAGCAGACAAGCUCUUAGCUCCACUAUCAGAUAGUGAGGACACAACGUCACACUCUCCUGACACUGAUGAUGAAGACUCUAAAGAUGAUAAGACAUGUCACACUGACAACACACGCUUCACAUGUUCUCUCUGUGACAAAACCUUUAAAUACCAUUGUCGUCUGGUAAGACACAUGAGUGCACACACUGGAGAGAAACCUUUUUCAUGCUCAGAAUGUGGUAGAGAUUUUAGACUAAAACAAAUGCUGAAAGAACACAUGAGAACACACACUGGAGAAAAACAUUUUUCAUGUUCAAUCUGCGGUAAAGAUUUUACUCAAAGGCCCCAUUUCAAAGGGCACAUGAGAAUACACACUGGAGAAAAACCAUUUUCCUGCUCAGAAUGUGGUAAAAGUUUUGAGAGAAAUCAAAGUUUAAAAGUACACAUGAGAACACACACUGGAGAAAAACCUUUUUCAUGUUCAAUCUGCGGUAAAGAUUUUAAUCGAAGGGACAAUCUCACAGCACACAUGAGAAUACACACUCUAGAAAAACCUUUUUCAUGUUCAAUAUGCGUUAAAGGUUUUACUCAAAGAUCCCAGUUCAAAACACACAUGAGAAUACACACUGGAGAAAAACCUUUUUCAUGUUCAAUCUGUGGUAAAGAUUUUACUCAAGGAUCCCAUUUCAAAGUACACAUGAGAAUACACACUGGAGAAAAACCUUUUUCCUGCUCAGAAUGUGGUAAAAGCUUUGUUUUAAAUCAUAGAUUAAAAGUACACAUGCUAAAACACACUGGAGAAAAACCUUUUAUAUGUUCAGUAUGCGGUAAAAGUUAUAUUGAAAAGCGACACUUAAAAUUACACAUGAUAAAGCACUCUGGUGAAAAACCAUACUCUUGUUCAAGCUGCAACAAAAGCUUUCAUGAACGACAAGCUUUUACAGUACACAUGAGAACACACACAGGUGAGAAAGUGUUUAGUUGUAGUGUGUGUGGUGAAAGAUUCUCUUAUAUGAAGCAGUGUAAGAAACACAAGUGUGCUGGUGAGAACAGCAGCAGCAAAUGAAACUGCAGCAACGAGCUUGCACGACAUCAAUAAUCAAGGAUUUGAAUUAUACUGUCAAAACUUCAUAUUAGUGUUUUAUAUGUUUUUUGAAAUAAUGACGUGUUACAUAUUUUGUUUUCUAAUUGUAGAUGAUUCCAUAGAUGAACUCCUUUAUAUGAUGUACAUAUUUGUUUUACAUGUGUUUAUACCUUUGCUUUUGAGUACACAUAAAUCUCUCUUAGUUUACUGGUUCACAUCUGAAACAUCUUCUGGACCACUUCUGGAAGCAUAUUAUUAUUUACUUUAUACAUAAUUUGAGCAGUUGUCUUUUAUACAAUUUUAAAAUGUGUGACUUUAUGAAUCAUUUGUUGGGUCUCUACUAUCUAUUCUAUGAAUAGUCUUUAUCACUCUCUUGUGUAAUAUGAAUAUUGUUGUGUGAUUGUUUAAUAUGUAUGUCCCCAGACCUUUAUGCAAUAAAUAAUGUAUGCUUCAACUAAAGUUGGGAACAAUAAAUGUAGUCAAUAUUUGCGGGUAUGUAUUUUAUUCUAUUUAUUAUCGCAGUCAAUUUUGUAAAUGUUUUCUUUGUAUGUCUUACAUGUAGUUUCCAACUUACUUCAUCAUGUAGACUAACUCAGCCUGGACGAUGUGUGUAAUGUUGAGAUGUAUUGGAGAUGCCUUGGUUUGUUUGUUGUCAACCUGUCAAUUCUUCUAAUUAAACUAUUAAUGUUGUCAGAUCUCGCCAGAGAAACAAGCAACCAGCUCUAUUAUUUCUUCUUCUUACUGGAAGUUUGCAGCCAUGACUUGAAAGGUUCAUACUGCCACCUAUCGGACUGUAGAGAGAAGUGUGGGCCAUAGGACAGAAGAAAGAAAUCCUAUUAUUAACAGGUGGAGGGCAGCAAUACACCUAAGAUGUUCUACAAGUCUGCUGGAAAUAGAAAGAAGAAGAAGAAAGGUGGCAAAGAAAAAUGGCGUUUGAUGGAGAAAGUCUAAACGUGAGCCUUACAGUUCUGUAUUUGUAAUCAGUGCAUACAUGUGCACAUAUAUGUUGUUUUAUAUAGACUACCUUUUAUUUUGUUUCCCAAGUAUCCUGGUUCCUUGA